AUGCCCGCAGCACGCGCUCUCGAAAACGCAAAGCAGUCUUCGGAAACUGUAUUCAGCGACGCAUCCUCCGCCAUGUCCAAAGCCGCCGAGAACCCAAAGAAGGCCACUGCAGACUUUUUCCACACACCUUUUAUGCGGGCAGCGCUGCCCUUUAUAAAUGGCGGUCUUGCUGGCAUGACGGCUACAACAGUCAUCCAGCCCGUCGACAUGGUCAAAGUGCGUCUACAACUCGCCGGAGAGGGCGUCAAGACCGGCCCUAAGCCCACACCAAUCACAGUUUUCCGCGACAUUGUUUCGCAGGGCAAAGUGCUAGAUCUCUACACUGGACUCAGCGCCGGUCUCCUGCGUCAAGCCGUCUACACAACCGCACGCCUCGGAUUCUUCGACACAUUCAUGAAGUCUCUGAGUGCGCGCGCAAAGGAAAACGGUACCACGAUUGGAUUCAAAGAGCGUGCGGGUGCGGGUCUCGCGGCCGGUGGCCUGGCAGCCAUGGUGGGCAACCCAGCGGACCUGGCGCUCAUCCGCAUGCAGUCCGACGGCCUGAAGCCCGCAGCACAGCGCGCAAACUACACAUCGGUGAUUGACGCCCUGGUGCGCAUCAGCAAAGCCGAAGGCGUAACCCGGUUAUGGGCCGGCAGUUACCCGACGGUCGUACGCGCUAUGGCGCUCAACUUUGGCCAGUUGGCCUUCUUCUCCGAGGCCAAGCAGCAGCUGCAAAGCACCAGCCUGUCGUCGCGCAGCCAGACGCUAACCGCCAGUGCCAUUGCCGGCUUCUUCGCCAGCUUCCUCUCGCUGCCCUUUGACUUUAUGAAGACGCGCCUUCAGAAACAAACCCGAGCCCCCGACGGCUCGCUCCCCUACAAGGGCAUGUUUGACUGCUUCAAGAAGGUCGCCAAGGAAGAGGGCUUGAUGCGCUUCUACCGUGGCUUUGGAACCUACUACGUCCGCAUUGCUCCUCAUGCCAUGGUAACCCUCAUCGUGGCCGACUACCUCGGUUUCAUUACAAAGUAAACCAACCAAAGAACAAUGAUAGAAAGAAAGAAAGAAAGAAAGAAAGAAAGACAGAAAGAAAGAUAAAUGUACCUACCUGUUUUGUUUUAUCUAUAGGAGAAAAAACAGCAGUAGUACUCUCUCGCAAUCUGCCAUCUCUCUCUCUCUCUCUUUUUCCAGACACACCUCUGCUGUUCCUCCAAUACAACGAACAUGUCAGACCGGAGACCAAACUAGAAAGAGAGAGAGAGAGCGAGACCCCCCUUUACGAAACAUACAC